CGAUACCGCAGCCCGACGGAGCCCGUUCCGGGCCACUACGAUGCCUCGCCGUUGCGCCGUGGCAUGAGCGUCGAUGCGGGUGCGCGCAACGCAGAAUGGUGUCCUGACGCGUGGAUGGGUCUGAACACAAGCAGUGCGCAUGCGUCCAGGAAGUUCAUCAAGGCGGAAAAUGAUGGUGUCUUCGAGAUCAUCCCGGACCCGCCGACGCCGUCAGACGGGUGGGGGGUCUCGGAGUAUGCGCCCUCUCCUGCAGCGGAGGCGGGGUCUGAGUACACGUAUGAACCCUCGCCUGACAGUGCGGUGGGGGGCGCGGGAUCAGAGUAUGCGCCUUCGCCCGUGGCCGGAGACGCGGGAUCUCACUUUGCACCCUCGCCUGGUGCCGGAGACGCUGGAUCUUACAGUAAGUACGCACCGUACGGAACGUCCGCACGCGCUGAUGAAGACUUUCAAGGCAGGGAACCAACCCCGCAGUCUGCUCAGGUACUCCCUGAUGCAGCGCCGAUCCUGUCUCCAGCCUCGGUCCAUUCAGAAACCACCUCCCAAGGGUCGCUCCACUUCCCCGAAUGGAUCCCUCCUCCGCCGCCUCCUCCUCCCGCCGAUAUGCCGGCUCCUCCCGUAUUCCCGAGGAGCCGUCUCAUACGCAGGCGCUACGGGACACGUUUUCUGAAUCCCAUCCACGAUUACUGGAUGUUGCAGCAGCAACAAAUGAUGACGGAUUAUCAUGAUGCUAACCAAAAUGGUAGCGACGGGUCGUCUGAGCACCUCGAGUUUGUGCAGGGAUCGUCGAGUGGGCAACCUCGUCAGCGGGACUACUAGAUCUCACAAUCUAGCAGCAGUCCCUGGUUGGUUUGGUUCUCUGAAAUAGGCUUCUCCCUUCGCCGCAGUGAUACAUGCAUGUCAUCUUUUUAUCUAUCCUCGCAUGUACUACUGAGUCGAACUUUGCUUUUAUGGUCACGUGGUCGACGAAAUACAGUUCUAUUAGAGCGUCCGUAGUUUUUCUCAUCAUCAACUUGAAUCC